CCUCGUGCAUACCAACAAGUCCCAAUCUGCUGGCCGUUGGAACCUUGGAAGUUCCAGAUCGGUAGUUCACCGGAUCCAGCAUCUUCUGUUUCAGCUCCUCUAAAAGAUAUGCCUGCGAUGCUCGCCUAGUUUUCCCAUCCUUCGAUAAUUCCCUCGAAUCACUGCACAGGCGCCAUGUCCCUCAACUUGGAAAAGCAACUACGCUUCUAUGGAGCAUACCACCAUAAUCCUGUGAAUGUCACCAUACACAUCAUCUGUGUGCCAGUCAUCCUUGUGACUGCGUUACUGCUAUUGACGAACACACCUGCAAUUCCCUUGCCAGCCUGGUUAUCGGUUCCGAACCUUCCCCUCAAUGUUGGCACCAUUGGAGCCUUGCUAUACUCAACGCUAUACGUUUUGAUGGAACCAGUGGCCGGAGGGCUGCUUGCUCCGCUUCUCCUUGCCGCAACCGCGUACAGUAAUCACCUUACCUCGACAUAUGGGUCCUCGGCCAAUACUUGGGCGGCCGCACUACACGUUGUAUGCUGGAUCGCGCAGUUCAUCGGUCAUGGGAAGUUCGAAGGAAGGGCCCCGGCUCUUUUGGAUAACCUGGUACAGGCACUUUUCCUGGCGCCGUUUUUUGUGUGGUUCGAGAUACUAUUUUCACUAGGCUAUCGCCCGGAGCUCAAACGCAGAGUCGAUAAGGCUGUUGAAGAGCAGAUCCAGAAAUUCAAGGAAGAGAAGAGCAAGAAGCCUGGUAGCGGGGCUGCAAGCGGGGCUAAAGCGUCGUAGGAUGCUCCCGCUGCCGAUUGAUCCGGAUGGAGAACGAAUUGCAAGAGUCGGAUCAUAACGUGUACUUCUGGAUUGGUUCCUAUAUACCGACUUUCGAUGAGUUUAUGGAGCUAUGGCACGUAAGAGCGAGCAGAUUCAUUGUGGUAAGGGGGAUCAGAUACAACCGGAUUCGUUGUUCAAUGGAGUUAUAGCUCUGCCGAGGCUGAGCAAGGGUAGAGUGAUGAAGGGAAACAUGAGCUCACUUGCAAUAUCCUGUUCAAUAUUCUUCGUGAAAACGCUG